AUGGCCUUGGAAAGAUACAGAAAGAAUAAUAUUGCUUCUUUGACGACCAGUGAUGGCAUGACUAUUGAAGAUGACACCGGAAAGGAAUCACUCAUCUAUCAAGCAUUCAAGGACAGGAUGGGAUCUUCACAACCAUGUAACAUGAAGUUUGACCUUGCUAGGAUAAUCAAAAAAUGUGAAGGACUUGAUGAGUUAACUCUUCCUUUCACUCAUGAUGAGAUUGACAAAGUUAUUCGAGAGAUGCCUAUAGAUAGGUCUCCGGGCCCGGACGGCUUUACUGGACUUUUUCUUAAGAGAUGUUGGCCAAUCAUUAAGGACGAUUUUUACAAGCUCUGCCAUCAAUUCCAUAACGGUGAUCUCAGCCUGGAAAGCAUUAAUGAUGGCUUCAUAACUCUCAUUCCAAAAACUGGAUCACCUGAAACUAUUAAUGACUACAGACCGAUUACUCUUUUAAAUUGUUGCCUGAAAGUCAUCACUAAGAUCUUGGCAAAUAGACUACAAAAAGUCAUUCUGAAGAUUGUUCACAGAAACCAAUAUGGGUUCCUAAAGGGGAGGACUAUCCAGGACUGCCUCGCAUGGGCAUACGAGUAUAUUUAUCAAUGCCAAACUUCUAAAAAAGAAAUCAUGCUUCUCAAGCUUGACUUUGCCAAAGCCUUCGACACAAUUGAACAUGAAGCGAUGAUUGAGAUUAUGAAAAACAUGGGAUUCAAUGACAAAUGGCUCACCUGGAUUGGCUGCAUCUUUUCUUCAGUUGGUUUGGAAAUAAACUUCCACAAAUCUACUCUCAUUCCAAUCAAUUGUGAUACUGUUAAGUCCGAAGAGAUUGCUCAUAUUUUCAGAUGCGUCGUCGGCAAGAUGCCCUUCACAUACCUAGGGCUCCCACUUGGUACUACUCGACCAACGGUCCUCGAUCUCAUGCCUCUGGUCUGUUCCAUGGAGAGAAGACUAACGGCUACUCUCAACAUGAUCUCAUACGGUGGAAAGCUAAACCUGCUUAAUUCGGUGAUCACUUCGCUCAUUAUCUUUGCGUUAUGCACGCUUCGGCUACCUACCACAAUUAUUGAGCUCCUAGACAAAAUUAGAAGGAAAUGCUGGGUAACAUACUACACAAAUCAAAUUCCGCAUGCUUCAGACCCUUGUGGAUCAUUCUGGUGGCGAGACGUGGCCAAACUAAUGCCAAUCUAUAGGGGUAUCUCAAACGUUCAUGUGACUAAUGGAUCUAAUGUGCUCUUCUGGAAAGAUUUAUGGACUGACACCACAUUUGAUGAGAAGUACCCGCCUGCAUUCUCUUACGCCAUCAAUGAAGAUAUCUCUGUGAAGGAUUUCUUGUCCAUCACGUCACUGAGCGAGGCGUUUCAUUUACCUCUCUCGGCACAGGCCCAUGCAGAGGUGCGUCAACUGCAAGAGGACACGAGGGAAACGGCUAUCUCCAAUGAGCCAGAUGUUUGGACAUAUAUUUGGGGCACGGAAAGUUAUACAGCUCAUAGAUACUACACUUUCUACUUCAGAGAAGUAAGGGCUCAUGAGGCAUUUGGCUGGAUCUGGAAAUCAAAAUCCACCAUGAAAAUUAAAGUCUUUGGAUGGUUGCUCCUAUCUAAUCGACUAAACACGCGAAAUAUGCUCAAAAGGAGGCACUACAAUAUAGGAAAUGACUAUGAUUGCAUCUUAUGUGGACUACACAUCGAGGAAACAUUGGAGCACCUCUUCUUUGAGUGUCAAUUUAGUACUGAAUGCUGGUCCAGCCUUGGAAUUCUGUGGAAUCAGGGACAACCUCGCCUGCAAAAUGUUGUGUUUGCCAAAAACAACUGGAACAGGCCUCUCUUCAUGGAGUUAUUUCUGACUGCCGCCUGGAGUAUCUGGAAAGAACGUAACAACAAACACUUCAGGGGGAUGAUGCCCUCAAAGACCUCAUGGUUAGAUAGGCUUAAGACUGAUUUUUCUCUCCUUACCUAUAGGGUUAAGGAAAAGCAUAAACAUCUCAUUCCACUCAUCCUCUCCUCUAUAUCUUGA